AUGGCAGCCUCCAUGUUAAAAAAUAUUUUCUCACAAACAUCGAAUUUUAUUGCAAAACAAGUGUACAAUCCAAUCGCUGCUGCAGGCCAAUUGAGAUUUGCUAAACGCAAGUCUAUGUCAGUCAGUAAGAACACCCGUGGUAAAGCUCGAGGUAAAGGUUAUGGCUGGAAGAAACAAGAUGGAGAUUUUGUUCAUGCUGGAGAAAUUCUAGUCAAACAGAGAGGACUGAGAUAUUAUCCUGGAGAAAAUGUGAAACUACAGAAAUACAAAUCUUUAGAGGCGAUGUGUGAUGGUGUUGUCAUGAUAACAAGUGAAAAAUUAUCUCCCUUACCUAAUUCACCGUUACACGACAUCGUACAGAGUGGGACUGUUAUUAAUAAAAAAUUCUAUCAUGUUUAUAGAACUCCAUUACACGCAAAAUUCAAAUUAGUGGAUGAGGUUUGAGUGAAUCUUGAAACUUAUUGCUGUAAAUAUGAAGUGUGCUAUAAUAAACAAUAUCAAAUUAAUAUUAUUAGCAUUAUCUAUGUGGACUCUCUGACAAACUUAAUGCUUAUAAAAGGUUACUAGCUAUGUGGACUCUCUGAAUGCCAUGUAGAGUUGACCAAAUAAAUACAUGUGAACUCUCUGAAUGAGAUGCUGAGCCUAAAUUCUAUGGUCAGCUUUUAGUCUAGCUAUUUCAAUAUUUUCAGUGUUCUGGUUUUUUAUUUCGUUUGUACUCAGGCAGAAGUUUUACAUGGAAUGGUGGACCAGUUCAGAUUUAAACCCAAUAAAUUUUGUAAAUUGAAAA